GCAGGAUUAAGAAUUAGUGAGGCCCUAAACUUUGACUUAUCCUUAGAAAAUCAAGAACCAUCUUUUAAAAACUUAUAUCUUUUGCGGGGCAAAGAGCAAGUAAAAAAGGAAAUAAAUAUCGCAGAAAAUAUCGAACUGGCUCCUCAUACUUUAAGAAGGUGUUUUGCUACUCACCAGGCUAUUUCAGGAAUGCCUUUGCCCGUGUUGCAGAAAGUGUUAGGGCAUAGUAAAAUUUCUACUACUGCCUUAUACAUCAAAGAUUCUGAUUUAAAUAAUUUAGUAAAAUUCCGUCCAGUGUAA